GUUGCGAAGGUAUUGGUAGUGGUGGUGUACUGGAUGAAGCAAGGCUUUCCUUUGAGCUUGCUUACCGCUACGCUUAGUAGCGACGUUCUGCCGAUAUAUCUGUUAAGUUCGGCGCCUGACUAUCGGGCGUUUAAUCCUCUGUUUUAAUAAUUCCGUUUCUGCAUGUUUAUACUGCAGACUAGCUUGCGAGGUGAGCGUAACCUUGUCUGAAAAGCAUCUUUGAACACAAUUGGAAAUUACGAUGCCAUCCCCGAUGGAGGGAUCUUCUAGAGAAGGUGACCUCUUUACUGUGAAACAUGAACUGAAAAAUGCCAACCUGACAGGCCAUGUAGAGAGAGUGGGCAUUGAAAACUUUGAGCUGUUAAAGGUCCUGGGCACAGGAGCAUAUGGCAAGGUGUUCCUAGUGAGGAAAGUGAGUGGUCAUGAUGCGGGGAAGCUGUAUGCCAUGAAGGUUUUGAAGAAGGCCACUAUUGUGCAAAAGGCAAAGACGGCUGAACACACACGGACAGAGCGGCAAGUGCUGGAGCACAUACGCCAGUCUCCAUUCCUCGUCACCCUUCACUACGCCUUCCAGACGGAUACCAAGCUGCACCUCAUUCUUGAUUAUGUUAAUGGUGGGGAGCUCUUUACACAUUUGGUGCAAAGGGUGCGAUUUAAAGAGCAAGAAGUGGCCUUGUACAGUGGAGAGAUUGUGUUGGCAUUAGAACAUCUGCACAAGCUUGGGAUUGUCUAUCGGGACCUGAAACUUGAGAAUAUUCUACUGGAUUCAAGUGGUCAUAUAGUUCUCACGGACUUUGGCCUCAGUAAAGAAUUUGAUCAGGUGGAAAGGGCGUUUUCUGUCUGUGGCACCAUUGAAUAUAUGGCUCCAGAAAUUGUGGAAGGCGGAGAGUCUGGACAUGACAAGGCAGUGGACUGGUGGAGCCUCGGCGUGCUGAUGUACGAGCUUUUGACUGGCGGAUCACCCUUCACCGUUGAUGGAGAUGAGAACUCACACACAGACAUUGCCAAGAGGAUUUUAAAAAAAGAUCCUCCUUUCCCCAAAGAUAUGGGACCACUGGCCAAAGACGCCAUCCAGCGACUCCUCAUCAAAGAUCCAAAGAAGAGACUGGGCUCAGGUCCUGAUGGAGCAGAGAAUGUAAAAAAACACCCGUUUUACCAGAAAAUUAACUGGGAGGACCUGGCAGCUAAGAAGGUGCCUGCCCCGUUCAAGCCAGUGAUUCGGGAUGAGCUGGAUGUCAGCAACUUUGCAGAAGAGUUCACAGAGAUGGACCCCACCUACUCCCCUGCAGCUCUGCCUCAAAACUGCGACCGCAUCUUCCAGGGCUACUCUUUCAUGGCCCCCUCCAUCCUGUUCAAGAGGAAUGUGGUGAUGGACGACCCUGUCCAGCUGUGUGGGGGCUCUGAGAGGCCAGGCUCUGCUGCGGUGGCCCGCAGCGCCAUGAUGAAGGACUCACCUUUCUAUAUGAGUUAUGAGAUGGACCUGAGGGACAGUGUUCUGGGAGAGGGCAGCUUCUCCAUCUGCAGACGCUGCACACACAAGAAGACCGGACAAAAAUACGCGGUCAAGAUUGUCAGCAAGAGGAUGGAGGCACAGACUCAGCGAGAAAUAGCAGCCCUGAAGCUCUGCGAUGGCCACCCUAACAUUGUCAAGUUACAUGAAAUUUACCACGACCAGCUCCACACGUACCUGGUCCUGGAGCUGCUUGGAGGAGGGGAGCUGCUGGAGAGGAUCCGCAGAAAGCAGCAUUUCAGCGAAACUGAGGCCAGCCGCAUCAUGCGAAAACUGGUGUCUGCCGUCAGCCACAUGCACGACGUAGGAGUGGUGCACAGGGACCUUAAACCGGAGAACCUGCUCUUCACGGAUGAGAGUGAGAACUCCGAGAUAAAAAUCAUAGACUUUGGCUUCGCUCGACUCAAACCGCCAGACAAUCAGCUCCUGAAGACUCCCUGCUUCACACUGCAAUACGCAGCACCAGAGAUACUCAAAUACGAUGGCUACGAUGAGUCCUGUGACCUCUGGAGUCUGGGGGUCAUUCUGUACACCAUGCUGUCUGGCCAGGUGCCUUUUCAGUGUCAGGAGAAGAGCCUCACCCACACCAGUGCUGAGGAAAUCAUGAAGAAAAUCAAACAGGGGGACUUCUCGUUUGAAGGAGAAGCCUGGAGAAAUGUGUCCCAACAGGCCAAGGACCUUAUACAAGAGCUGCUGACGGUGGACCCAAACAAGAGGAUUAAGAUGUGCGGCCUACGUUACAAUGCCUGGCUGCAGGACGACAGCCAGCUGUCCUCAAACCCACUCAUGACCCCAGACAUUCUCGGCUCCUCCACCGCCUCCGUCCACACUUACGUCAAAGCGACCUUUAAUGCAUUUAACAAAUGUAAGCGGGAAGGUUUCCGCCUGCAGACGGUGGACAAGGCACCGCUAGCCAAGAGGAGGAAGAUGAAAAAGACAAGUACCAGCACAGAGACCCGCAGCAGUUCCAGCGAGAGCACCCACUCUUCAUCCUCCUCCUCCCAGUCUCAGGAGAAGACUUUUCCAGGAGGCGACACCAACCUGCAACCCUCCAACAGCACGCCUGUUAACACACCUGUCGACACACCUGUGGUGCUCGGAACGGAUUCUGAGCACCGACCCGCGCAGCCAGCCUUUGACUUUUCAGGAGGGCAGUGAUGCAGCGAGAGGAAAAGGGAGAUUCAGACAGUUUCAUGAACCGCUGAGUGCUUGGACCAGUGUAGAGACAGCUCUCUUCUCUUUCUCUUUGUCCCUGGCACCUCUCUGCCUCUGGCUCAAUUGCAUGGACGUCCGCACGUCUCCAAAACAAAGCAUGCAGCAGGAGCAGCAACCAUCACCUCAAUAUCAGUCAAUCAGUCAUCACUAGCAAUAGCCUAUUCCUCUUUUCUCUCUCUGACUUUCACACGCAGACUGUGUCAAUCAGGGACUGGACCAGGAAGGAGUCGUCACCAGUGUCCAAAAUGAAAAGGGCUGCCUUACUGCCCCAGGUCCAAACAGACAAUGGAGAGGCAUGUUCAGUCUCGUCAUAAAACCACAGCUCAGUCUGUCUGCUCCAUUUUCCCGUCUUCGUCCAUGCCUCCCGAAGUUUUAAAGGGAAAGUCGUCGUGUUUACACCAUGGACGCUUUGUAUUUUUUUGUCAAAGGGAGAAAAGAAAAGCACCGUACUGCAGCGUAACGUAACGUGGGUCCACUUCUCUUUUCUGGGAAGUCUCUGCAGGAUGGAGCAGGGUAUUUAUAUGUGAAUUUUACAGACUGAAAUUUAUUUAUGAUAAGCUAUAUUAUUAACUUAUUGAUGUUUCAGACUGAUCUGAAAAGAAAUAAUGAAUACAGUGAGUCUGAAAAAACAAAAACAAAAAAGAAAAAAAACAUUUUGUGUAUGUGUGUAUUUUUCCGUAUCAGCUCAAAAGACUGUUUCCAUUUAGUCUGAUCGUUGUUCAUACAUCUUUGUAAUCAUCAUCAGUGCUUCAGGUAGGUUACUCAGACAGUUAUGUAGAUAUUGUUAAGAUUAAGCGAGAAGAGAUUAACAUCAUUAGCUACUGGUUAUUGGUUGUGAAGCAGUUUGGCAAAUUUAUUUAGCCAAAGUCCUUUGGGCUUAAAUUAUUUAUCGAUGUUGGUAAAUUUUGGAUUUGUGGUCAGAAAGAGUCCGUUUUUCCUGUUCAUGUGGAUUAAAGAAGCAACAGUAUAAACAUGUUUUUUUAGGAACAGCCAAAUGCAAUUGUUCCGCCAAAUCUGUGGUUUAUUGCUGUAUGGGGAGCAUUGCUGCCUGAGGGGAUCUGACCCUACAAGAAGAGCUAUAUUUAGACUUAUUUUUGCCUCUGAUGUGGGAGUGCGACUGCUUCAAGGCUCAGCAUUGCUGCUGUUCUACAUUCUGUGAUCCUCAAAUCAGUAUAUUUAGCACAGCAGCGGAUUUGCCUUGUGUGGUAUGGGACUUAAUUUGUCUCAUUAUCACUACAACCAAUUGGAUUGAGCAGAAUGCCCCAAAUGGAAAAUUAAGAUCAGCUUAGUGCGAGGUGAAUGCGUCAAGAAGCCAAAGGUCAGGUUCAAAGUGGCUUCCUUGAUUUUUUUUUUUUCAAAAUCAAAAGGCUUAUGUGCCAAAAAAUGCAAGUAGAUCAGGUCGUGGUUUGAGUAUAUGAGUCAAGUGUGGUGAUUAGUGCUAUUUUAAUGCAAUAUAGUGCAAAAACUUUCCCCUUGUUUUCAGGCUUAAAGUCUCAGAACUACUGCAAAAUAUGUACCCUUUAUGAAAACAGGAAGUCCCAGAGGACAGGCCUCAAACAAACACUCCUUUUACAUUUGACACCACCCCUUGCUCUAUUUCCCAUGUUGUACUGCAUGACUGAAAUGGUGAUCUUUGCACUGUGUGGCAGCUCUCACUUUGAGGCAAAUAUCUGGUUAGUAUUAAGUCCCCAGUGCAUGAUGUAAACUGAAACAUCAACCCCUUCUUUUUCUAUGUUUUUAGGAGCUUUUUGGCAGAUUCUUACUUGAUUUAAUGUGAGUUUGUUUACUAGCAAAUUUGAAUAUCCCUGAUUUAAUUCGGGACAUUGAAGUUUUGCUGUUUGAGGUGUGAUGCAAACAUCAAAACCCCUUUUUACAAUAGCCUGAAUAUUGUAAUGUUCCUAUGUCACAGUGUUGGUGUUAGCCAGGAUAGCUAGGCAGGUAAAAGCCACACUCUGUGAAUUGUUUUUGGGUUGUUUUUUUGUUUUGUUUUUUUGCUAGUAUGUGUUAGUCUGAUUACAUGGUAAUAGUUGAAAUACUGUGUUCUGUUAAUAUAUAUAGGGGUGUUUGUGUUCAGCAUGUGAAGCUGCCUAGAAACAGUUUCUCCUGCUCAGUCGGGAAUCAAAUUCUUGGACUACUGUGCAUUUAAAUACACUCCCUCAUCUUCUUCCAUUUUAAUGCACUCUGAAUCUGAACCAAAGCAUUAACUUCAAGGUAGCUGCUCUUAAAAGCUGCAUGAGACAUUUCCUUUCAUGCAAAUAUGCAAAGAAUUGCUUCAUACACCACACUUUCUGUACGUAUUGUCCAGCUGGUGAAAUAUGUUAGAUGUUUCAAGCUCAGAUCAUUUUGUAACAGUGUACAGUGUGUUUCCACGGCGAUUCAUCAUAGGAUCUAUGGUAUCCAUAUCCAGCACAUUAUCAUGCUUUGAACUAUGCAUCUCUCUGUUUUCGCUGUUGUGUUGCUUUUGACAUUUCACAAAAGACCUCAUCGAACGGGUUCAAACAUAAUGCUUAAAAGGGCGUAACGCGAUGUACAUAUAGUGUACUUUUACUCGCAUGGCAUCAGCCACAAAUAGCAAAGUAGGAUCCAUUGGCGUAUGAAAAGCAGGAAUCCUUGGAACUAAACACUACAAAGCUCUUGUCUAAGUUCGCACGAGUUCCCCGUUGCUGCCUCAUUAAGCCUCUUUUCUUUUGUUUGGGUGUAUUAAUAGCUCAAGUGGAGGAAGAGGAAAAGUGUCCUAUAUUGAGCUUCCCUCUGGGAGCCAAGCUCUAUUAGCUGAUGUACUGCAGUACUGUUUGUUCCAAAGAAAAUACCGUAUUUCACUCACUGCCUCUGUGGGACCCGGCUCACUGUUCUUUGUAGGAAAAAUAACAGUGUUUCACAGGGAAGGGUUGCUUUAGUACCAACGUCUCCUGGGGCUGAUUUUCAGAAUAGACCGUGGACAGUUUAAUCAUUGUGCCACUUUGAGAGAGAGAGAGAGAGGGGGAGGCCAGUUUUGAUUUGACGUUUUCUUGUCUCUGAUAUGUAUUUUCCUGUAGGUUCGCUGGAAUUUGAAUGAAAGGUUCCUUUUCUGCCUACAGCGCUUCCUCUUUUUUUUUUUUGCACCCCCUCCCGAUGAACUAAACCUUUGUAGCUUUUUGCUACAUUAAUAAGAGGACUGGUAGCUUGAACUGUUUAGUGCAAACUGAUCUACAGUUGUGUAUCUGAGUCGAAGGACUGGACAUGGGAAGUUCCUGUGUACUUCUGUCAGCGUUUUUGGGCUUAAGAGACAGAUGCCAAAGCUGAAAGUGACAUUUCGCACUGAAAGCUUCUCCAUUAGGUAUUAGGUAUAAUAUGUAUUGUCCCUGAACGUGAUUGGUGUUUGGACAGAGGCUGUGGUCAGUGUGCUUCUCUUUGGUCAGCCUUCAGUGAAGAGAGUGUGGAGCUGUCCGUGGUGCUGAAGUGGUUAAACCUCUGGCAGUGCUUCAGACGCAAUCCACGAUAACCUGUAAUAAUGUGAUCGUUUAAAACGGCGAUUCCCGACUCGGAGUACUUGUGCAGCCGCUAGCGGGCACAUAGACAAUUUUAAGAGCUAACACACACAAAUGGGUUUAAGAAUUGGAUUGAGGCUGACCUUAAAGGGUGGUUCCACCAAUUUUACACGUCAGAAUCUGUUUACAGGUCUUGGGGAGCACUGCUGCACGUGUGGGGGGGGACAUAAGGUUGUCCUCUAGUGAUGUCAUUUGAGUCAGUGUAGGUUGUGGGCUGAGGAAGUUUGAAAAUGUGGAGUGUGGAGUUAGGAGGGUGUGAGCUUACCAGAUUUCUGUAUCCUGCUUGAACGGGACGCAGCUUUCACCAACCUGAGGCUGUUGUAACUCCUGUCGUGACUGAGAGGGUGAAAACCGAAGUCGAAAACAGAUGGCGAAAAUGAUACGAGUAUGAACGCAAGCUGGACCAAAUUCCACGAUUACUACGUCUUGUAUGAAAACAAAUAGCAUAAUUAAUAAAAAUAUCAGUAACACUUUUAUGUAAGUGAUAGUGUUCAAUAAAUACACUAAGAUUUAUGUAAACUUAGAUACAACUGUAACAAAUAGUACAGCUGCUGCUUUAAAGGGUCAGGACAUCCAAAAACACAAUAUUUAGAGGAACGUUUUCUCCAGGAGAAAUCAGUUUCAGUAUUUGCACUGUAUGGUAUGUGGCUUAUCCAAAGUAACUGUGACUUUGACUCUGGAAAUAGAAAAAGAACCUAAAAACUAAAACUUGAUCAAACUCAUAAACAAAUAGUGUGUGUGUUGUUUUUUUGGAAUUUGUGCAAACUGACCCUUUAAUGAUCCACACCCUGCUGUUCCAGACAGGUCAAAGCACACAUUACUGCUGCCAUGCUCAAAGACACUUCAGCAGGUUGGGCACCACUUGGCCCAGUAUUGAGAUCCAUGAAAAGGUUUAACUGUUUUUGUUUUGUUUUGUUUUCACGAAUCCUAAGGGAUGUCACUCCGUGGUCGCAUCAGCCUGCCGCUUUAGGCGCCAUCACCUCCGUCGCCAUCAUGCAUGUGCUGCUGCUUGACUGAUGUCUGUUUUCAUCGACUCUUGCCAUGUUGUUACUGAAGCGCGUCAAAAAGUACUGUAGCAGUGAAUUCCCUUUUGAGAUCGGUCAAUAUUAAACCGUUUCCACAACACACAGUCAAGCUUUAACAGCAACACUUUGCACUUGUGUGUUAUUUUAAUCAUGCAAUUGAUUUUUUUUUCUUUCUGUAAGAGAAAACUUUGUUGACUUUGUGCAGGCUCAGAUGUUUCAGCUUAAUUCAUCCAUCUGUGUGUGUGUGUGUGUGUCGAUGGCUGUUGUCCGAAAUGUCUUGGACGAAUCUAAAAUAUAAACCUCAACACCGGAUUGUACUUGUACUGCAAGGACACGCCAUGUGCAUACCUGCUUUUUUAGGGCACUGUGAACCUCAUCAUUCAGGUCUUUCAGGCACACCAUUGACAGCACAAGGAAAAAGCUGGAUUUGCUUCAGUAAACGCUUUACUCGCUGGCUGAACACAUCUGUACAUUCAACGACCUGAUGCCAGUCGUGUUGAGUCUGUUCAUAGAUCCUUGGCCUCGGUGUAUUUUCAAGUGUAUUCACAUCAUAUUGCUGAAGAUAUUUUGUGAUACCAGGAUUUGUGUGUAUGAGUUUUCAGAAGGACAAUAAAUGUAUGAUUUCAUGUUCAUUUAUUGAUACUGACUAAUAAAUUAGGUACAAACCUU